AUGGGCCCGAAGCGGCCUAAGACCGAAGCGGUGGCCCCGGCAGUGGCCGCGGGCAAGAACUGGGAGGCCGCGCUGGUGUCCGCCCACCUCGAGGAGGAUGACUGGAAGCCUAGCAUUGCUUUUGUUGUUGGGAACAGAAUAGAGGAUGAAAUCCACACCAAGGCCCUGUCUCUUGCUGUGCGGGUGCCACAGAGGAAGCUCUUCAGCGUGGUAACACAUGAAGACAUUCUCACACAGAUCAGAGAUUCAGGGAAUCAGAAGGGAAAAAAGGUGAUGGAUAUGCCUAUGUACUAUGAGGUGUUAGAAGUAGCCAAAGCCCUUCUGGAUAAUGGUGAAGAAAUUCCAGUAACACUAACUGGAAAGCUGUUGAAAUUUCAACUGCUUUGUCUCAAAGAGAAGGACCUUCAGAGAAGAGAAGCUGAAAAGAAGGCAGAAGAACAACAAAAGGAAGAAGAUGGAGGGAAAGAGAAAACUAAACGGCUUGGCAAGAGGGAUAGCCUUCUUAGUGCCAAGGCAUCUGAAAAAGAAAAGAGAGGAAAAAACACAGAAGGAGGCCUUCAAGCACCAGGCACUGUUAAAAAGAAAACCAAGUUGACGCGACGGGGAAAAGUGGAAGAGGAAGUCACAUACAUUGAUGAUGAACCAGAAGAUGGUGCCCAUCAUUACUUUAUAAUUUUGGAUUUCCACAACCUUCAGUUGUUGCUUGUGAUGUUUGAGCUUGGAAUUAACAUUUCAAGUGUAAUUAGAAUUUCUUCUGAGAAUUACGAGCCAUUGCAGACGUACUUGGGAGCAACUAAACAUAAAGAAGAAUCUUCACAGUCAACUAAAGUUAUAGAAGCAGAGAGAAGAAAGAACAAUGAAGCUAUCAAAGAUCUGGAAACAUUUUGGAAAUACCUGGAACCAGUUCUGAACAGUGGAAAGCCUGGAUCGAGUCUCUUUGAUGUUGCCAGACUUCAUCACGUAGUUAAGGAGAGUGCCUUUCCCCCUGAUUGGUCUGACAGGGAAAUGCUGCUUGCAUUUGGCACUGUGGUGUUUGAAAACAUUGCUUGUUUAAUGUAUGACUGCCUGGACUGGAGAAGACAGCAUCGUAACUACCUGGAAAACAUCAAGUUUACUAAUGUGCCUGCAUUAUCAGAGAGCAAAUUGACACAACCGCCAGUACUACUGAAUGUACAGUCACUGUCACAGUUUACGACUUCAAAGAAAAAAAAACAAGCAGAAGAAAUUCUUCCAACACCAACCUUGUCACAGGCUUCUUUUUUGGAUACUUCUGUGGACAUGAGGUAUUACAAUGACUUACUGAGUCAGAUUCCUGAGGAAUACUUUUCUGUACCCUUAAUGCUGAACUGCAUGUUGGAACAGAUUACCGCAAGUGAAGAGGGCCUUACACCACCUAGUCUGGUAGUGCCAGAGCCUCGGGCAGAUGGGCUACAUCAUGCCAUUGCAGAACAUAUAGCUUCUGUUCUUCCUUCUCUUUCACUUUCUAAAAGUGAAAAAAAGAAUCUAUAUGACUACUUUUCACCUAACUACAGUGAAGAAAAGCCUGUUAUCCCAGAGUACCCUCUCUUAUUUAACUACCAUGAUACCCUGGCUCAGCGCUUGCAUCUGCUGAAGGUCCAGGAGAACAUAAAUCCGGAAAAGAUUGAACGGGAAAUGAUGGAUAAACUUCCUCUUACAGAACUUAUCCAGUUAAACCUUCCUUCAGCUGAAAACAACCCUAAACACCUGGCCAGUCUUCACAAGCUCAUGCAUUACUGUACCAGUGAACUUCUGAGUCGGGCUGAAGUAGAAAGGGCCUUCAGAGUGUUUACUUUUGAAAGCCUGAGACUGACUGGGCCAAGUGACAUGAGGAAUAUUGCACUUUUCAGGAACUAUCUCGAGCUGGUGGUCAACUCAAUUGAAGACUGGGUGAAAGAGGAAGAAGUCAAAUACCAAGAAGAGAAGAUGGCUAAGAAAACAGAGUCUCUUAACAUUCCAGAAGUUCAGUCCAACAAUGAAAGAAGUCCUUUUAUCAGAGAAGGUUCUCUAAAGGCUUGGAAACAGGAGCAGGAGCAAUUACGAGAGCAAGAACAACUUAUGGAUGAAAAGAAAAGAAGAAAAGAAACUCUGGGAGGUAAAAAGAAAGGAAACGACGUUAUACAUGAAGAAAGUAAAGGUUUCAACAAUAAGUUUUCACAGGAGAAGCUUAAAGAAGAGUCAGAAAAAGCUGAGGAGGAUCCCAGCAUCCCAGAACCGCGUUCUGAGAAAGUUUAUAAGUUUCGUGGCUACAAUAUGGGGGAAGAUGUCAUUCAAGUAUCAGGAACCACUCAGUAUCUUUUCCCAUCUGAUGGAGGACAGAUUCAAGUAGAGAAGAUAGAGUUUGUAAAAGGUCUAACCAUGGUAAAGGUGAGAGUGAUAAAAGACAACCACAAUUUCUUCAUUCAUAUCACAGAUCCCAAGAAAGACUUAAAAGAAAUCGAAGAACAGAAAAUGAGAUCAGGAAAAUUGGAAAAUCAGAAGCAAGCUGUGAGCAAGUUUGGAUCUUUCUCAGCCACCUUGGAAAAUGGAAUCCAGCUGUCCCUGAGCUAUUAUGGACCUACAGGGAAGACAGCAGAUGAUGAAAUGGAUCCUGUCUUAGCAAGAAUUCUGAACAUCCCUUCUGUUCAUAUUCCAACCAUAGUUUCUCCUGUUACAUCACCUACAGGAAAAAAAGAUAAGCCCAUCAAACAAAAAUUAGGAAAAUCUCAGUCAUCUACAAAAGCAAAUAGCAAAACAGGCCCUCCACCUCCUGCGGACCUGGUGAAGCAUGGAGAAGAAAAGAUAGAAGUGGAAGAAUCAAUUUCUCCAACACGAGUGACGCCUGAUGCUCCUGCUUUCCCAGGUUUGAACGUCUCCUGUCCCAAUGGACUAGUAGUAACUUUCCUUGGUGAAAGUUUUGGAGAUUUGAAAGGUGAAGCCACUGCAGCUGAAGUUGAGAAAGAGGUGGUAAAGGAAAGGGAGGCCAAAGCAAAUGAAGAUAAGGAAGAGGAGGCUGAGGCAAACAAAGCAAAGAAGAGAGAGGUUAUGGAUACUGGAGAGGAGGAGCAACAUGAGGUUACAAAGGGUGAAAGAAAGCAUGAAGACACUGAAAGAGAACAGGACAAGGAGACCACUUGGGAAAUCCUGGUUAGGCAGAGUUAUCCUCAAAAUGUAAAGAACUCUCAUCUAUACACAUCUGUGGCAAGGCAAGCAGAACAAGAGGUGUCAAGAGUCAUCACCAGUCAAGGAACUGUCAUAAAGUACCUGAUGGAUGGAUCUACCCAGAUUCUGUUUGCUGAUGGCACAGUGAGUAGGAGUCCUGAUUCUGGCCCUGUCCUACGAGCACCUGCUGUUCCAAAUUACAUGCAGCUGUUACCGGAAUCUCAUCUUUUACCUGAGACCAGUGCUAAGAAAAGGAAAGCCAAUGACAAAACCAAGAAAUUACACCCAGCCAAGGAUGAGUUGUUUGAAAAUACUAUACACAAUGUGGUUAAGUCUGAGCAAGCUGAGGUGAACCAGGCAGGAACCUGGAUAACAACAACUCCAUCAGGCAUUCAAGUGGGCACUGAGGAAGGAAAGAGAAUAGAUCUGAAACCACUCUUAAUCUAUCAAGCAACUGACCCAGCUGAUGGAACGGUUAUGACUGUACGAGAUGAUGCAGUGAUAAUUGUUGAGAAGCUCGAUGGGACCAGAGUGGUAGAUCAUGCUGAUGGUACAAGGAUCAUGACAUCAUAUAAAAACUGUGAAGAACUUUUUGAACUCAAGCAUAGUGAGGAAACAGAUAAACCCUCAGGAGCCAUCAUGAAGAAGGUGAAAUAUAUCCAAGUAGAGAAUCCUGAGUUUGCUACUGUUAUAACAAACUGUGAGGAUGGUACCUGUUGUACCAUCUUUGGAGAUGGGACACGUCUUAUUGCAAAGCCACAGGGAACAUAUCAGGUUUUACCCACGAAGAUAGGAUCCCUUUUCAUUAAUGAUGAUGGCUCAGCAGUUUAUACCCAUGAAGUUGUCAAUUUCAUCAGCAAGGAAGAAGAGAAACAGCCAGGGAGUUACAUUAUGAAACACACUUCCAGCACUAUUUGUGAAGUGGUGGAUACUGAAGGAAAUAUUUUCAAGGUCAUGGCUGAUGGCAGCACAGACGUGUGUGUUCCUAGCAUUGACUCCGAUGACAAGGAGGACAGAAGUUCAGCAGCAGUACUCCAAGAAGUUAACAAACCCAUCAUUUAUGAUGAGCAUGUCCCCAGGUUCUUCAUCAUCAAAGCGGAUGGUUCUGGAACUGAGCUCCUACGGAGCAGGGAUGUACAAGAGUAUCUGGCCAAGGUCUGUAGUGAUCCUGCUGCUGCUGUCUUGCAGGAUCCUGUAGAAGAGCUUCCAGGUGUUUUAAGUAUUACUGUCCUCCACCCUUUGGCUGAAGCUUCCCCCUGGGAAAUGAAGAAAGAACCAGAGAGUAUUGUUCCUCCAAAUCUUCAGCCAAGGACCCGAGAGGACACAUAUUCUCCUCCUGAGAGGAAAAUCACAGAUCCCUCAGCCAGAACAUAUAUUUGGAGGAGUCUCUGCAUUGGAUCCCAAGAGCAGACAUGCUUGUCAGUACCUGUGAGAAAAUGUCCUCAUAAACUGCAAAUCCGUCAGCUAUUCCAGUAUAAGCCACUCGAUGAUGAGCUAAGAGAAAAGCUGCAGCUUUCCCUCAAGGAAUAUACAGACAACAUUUUAAAGGAGGAAAAAGAGCUGGAAGAAAUGAACCUAAAAGAACCACGAACAGAAGAGGAAAAGGAGAAGGCUGCAAGUCUCCUUGAGCUGCUUACAUCGUUUCCUAACUGGGAGAAGUCAAUUGAAAAUCUCAGUAAUAAAGCUCACGUAACUGAGCUGUAUGAACAGGCAGUGGCUUCUCCUUGCCAGUAUCCUACAGAGAAGACAGUCACUACACAAGUAGAGGACCAGCAGCAGAGCCCGGAAGGACUAACACCAGUGUCCAAGUGGCAGAGGAGAAAAGAAGAGCACAGGAAAGAACUUGAUGAAGAAAAGAAGUCCUUGAUGGCAAUAAGACACAAAAUAAUUCCUCCGUAUUUUGAAUCAGAAUUCAGCAAGGAGUUUUUCCUAGCAAAGUUUCCUGAUGUGGAAGCACUGUCUAGGAAACUUCCUCCAGUUCAGAAACAGGAAAGUCAUGAUUUCCCUCUGGAGACAACUGAGAAACCCAGUACAGCACCUGAAUGUCUCAGUACCAUGAGUGAUCACUCACCUUCACCUGACCUGCUGCAGGCUCAUUCCAGAGAAAAUAAAGGUUCCAGCAGCACAACAGGCCUAAACCAGGCUGCAAGAUCACAAGAGACACCCUUACAACAUAAAGUUCAGAGUCUGCUGGUGAAUGUUGCAGGACAGCCAAGAACAGAGGAAGUUAAAUUACCAUCAUCCCUUCAGGGGAGAAAACCAAAGUCCAUACCAAAUAAAAAGGUUGAAGAUCCUGUCGCAGGAAAGGUCAACACAUCUUCUCUUGCAACAGCAGGACAGCAGCUUAGUGGCUUCCACCUCAUUCCAUCCAGCGUGACACUUGGGGUACUACAGGAAGGCUGCACCUAUGCAGCCACAGUGAUCCUGAAGAAUGUUGGUGUGAACUUCUCAAGGUUUCGAGUGAAGCAGCCACCUCCACACACAGGACUGAGAGUGAUGUACACACCAGGACCUGUGGCUGCAGGCUUGCAGGUUGAACUGGAGAUUGAGAUUUUUGCCAUGGUAACUGGAGGGGAAGAUACUGGUGGCCUUGAAGAAAUUGCCCACAAUAUUGAAAUACUAACGGAAACAGAGACUCUUCUUCUGCCCGUGAGAGCAACUGUGCUGACCAAUGACACUUACAAGUGUCGCCCACAAGGAUACCCCCAGGGUGGGAUGGCAGCAACAGUCCGGGCACUGCCUGCAAGCCGCGAGCCACAGCUCCGGAUUACACUACCCUGGAAGCUUUCUAGUUAA